AUGAAAAGCGUUGAGAAUUUAAAUGUGUCGUCGUUUAAUCUAUUGGGCGAGCGACAUGUGAAGACUGUCGUUUUGCAGCCACUACCUUCCAAAUUGCAAUCUUCUUUGCUCUACGUGGGGCGAAGUGGGAAGAUGAAGAGAAAAAGGGAAGGCGAGGAGGGUAUGGAUAUCGUGUGGCAGACUCCAGCGAAUCCCCCGCACCCACACGAUUACGUCUUUCGAAACGGAAUACGAUUUGUUAGACCAUACUACUUUGAAUUCAUCGCUCAUGUUAAAAAUCGGUGGGCCGGGAAAACCAUUGUAGACUUAUUUGCUGAGGAGUUUAAAGGUCGACCUUAUGAGUAUUAUGUUAGUGCAGUGAAAUGUGGAAGGAUUCAAGUGGAUGGUGAGAUGAUACCAGUUUCAUACGUAGUUAAACCAUCUCAAAAGAUUAGCCAUUUCUUACACAGGCAUGAACCACCUGUGACGGCUUGUGAUGUUCUUAUUCUUCAAAAAGAACCAGAUGUGCUAACUAUUUGUAAGCCAGCAUCUGUUCCUGUACACCCAUGUGGUCAAUAUCGUAAGAACACUGUUGUUGGCAUUCUUCAAGCUGAGCAUGGGCUGGUGCCUCUAUUUCCUGUUCAUCGACUGGAUCGCCUUGUCUCAGGACUUCUUAUUUUGGCCAGAAAUGCUGCAAAAGCUGACAUUUUUAGGCAACAG